UUACCAACAAAGAGAAUAUAUCCGGUGUGAUUUUGGUUCUUCUUCUUUGGUCGUCUGUUCUUUUUCUUUCUUGGUUCUCCCGUUUCAUUGUCUAGUUUGCCUGAUUCGCCAUCCUCUCUUGAUCGCUUUCCAGUAGAUGUGGUAGCUUUGGAAUCGGCAUCCUCAUCUAUUAAAUCGGAUUCAGGGAAGGCUUCAGGCUCGGGUGCUUCGUUCUUCUUUCCCUUUUUUCGGAAAGCUUGCGCCUUUUGUUCUUUCUUUGAAAGUUUCUUCUCCACCAUAGUUAAAGCUGUUCAAUGAAAAAAAAAUCCGUCAAGUUUUCUGGCCGCUAAAAAAAAGCAGUCCAAAUUUCAAACUGUCAGUCGCCGUCACUUUCGUUAGCAGGGACUCCCUUGCGCUUUUUGCCACGACAAACGAUCAUGCAGUGCCUCUCUCGAACAGCAUUGUACUCUCGCCCUACGUUACGAAGCGCUUGGAAUGCACGUUCAGCCAAUCUUCUCACUCGGUCACGGCUCUUUACUACUGAAGCAGAGGAGGUUUACAAACCGAAACGCCGAAUCGGACUAGGAACCAUCGCUUUAUGCACCAUUCCCUUCAUUACUUUUGGCCUCGGAACUUGGCAAGUGCAAAGAUUGCGAUGGAAAACGCACUUGAUUGAGGAUAUGGAAGACAGAAUGGCAAGACCUCCCAUACCGCUUCCAAAGCGAGUGAAUGCACAAGCAGUCAAGGAUUUCGAGUAUCGCCGAGUAAAGGUCUCUGGUGUAUAUGACCACGCUCAUGAGAUGCUCCUUGGGCCACGAACUCGAGGAGACGGCAAUUCGGGCUACUUCUUAAUAACACCUUUGGUUAGGGAGAACGGCUCAAUCGUGCUUGUAAAGCGUGGAUGGGUUCCCACAGAGAAGAAGGACCCAAGUACUCGGCCAGAAAGUUUGACUCAAGACGUACAAGAAGUUGAAGGCUUAUUGAGGCAUACAGAAAUGAAAAACUCAUUCACUCCUGACAACGAUAUUGUCAACAAUCAGUGGUAUUGGGUGGAUGUGGAAACCAUGGCUGAAAUUACUGGUGCUGAACCGGUUGUUAUAGAAAGAGUCAGCGACGCAGCUUUAUAUCAAGAAAACGAAUUGAUACGGAAGGGCAUUCCUGUAGGCAGGUCACCCGUUGUUGAAGUGCGAAAUCAUCAUUUACAGUACAUUAUCACCUGGUAUUCGUUAUCAGCAGCUACUACCGUUAUGCUGUGGGCUUUACUUAAGCGACCAGCCGCUAGACCCAACAAAAUGCGAAGACUCUAAUGCGCUAGAAAGCGAAAGGUUGACUUUAUUUAGACGACAACCUGACAAUUUGUAAUAAAAUGCAUAUCGGCAGUUCUACACGUACACCUUGUGAGGCAAAUUACUGCAAGGAUUGAUGCAGUAAAAUUUCCAAGCUCACGCAUUUGCAGAAAUAUUAUCCAGUUGCGUAUAUCAAUAUUCUUCGUAACUUCUUUCUACAAUGUUGUGUACACAAGUUCCGUCUUCUCAUUUUUAGCUCCAAUAAGACGUAGAUGUCGAC